AUGUCCACUAUCUAUAAUCUCUCUAUUAUCUAUGCCUAUUUUCUAUCUAAAUUAUCUCUGUAUUAUCUACCUAUAAUCUCUAUUAUCUUAUCUAUCUUAUAUGGGUAUCUAUCUAUCUAUCUAUCUAUCUAUCUAUCUAUCUAUCUAUCUAUCUAUCUAUCUAUCUAUCUAUGUACCCUAACUACCAAUUAUCGAUCUAUCUAUUUAUUUAUCUACCUGCCUAUUAUCUAUUUAUCUAUUUACGUAUUAUCUAAGUAUUAUCUAUCUAUCUAUCUAUCUAUCUAUCUAUCUAUCUAUCUAUCUGUCGACCUACCUAUUAUCUCUCUCUCUUUCUCUCUGUCUGUCUGUUUGUCUCUCUCUCUCUCUAUUUCCUAUUAUCUAUUAUCGUUCUGUCCUGUUUCUCUCAUGUUAUCUUCCCUUCAAUAUUUCUUCUGUUUUCCUUUCUUGUCGUUUUUCGAAUGUCACCAUCACUAUCCAACACUGAAUCCAACUGUGUUGGGCCUACGUCAUUCCGGUUGUCAACACGUCAUACUGAAUUUAUUUUUUCUAUCUCCAUUUCUUCCUUUCUAUCUUUCUACCUCCCCUUUCUUCGUAUCCCCAUUCCUUCCUUCCUUUCUAUCUUUCUACCUCCCCUUUCUUCGUAUCCUCAUUCAUUCCUUCCUUUCUAUCUUUCUACCUCCCCUUCCUUCGUAUCCUCAUUCAUUCUUUCCUUUCUAUCUUUCUACCCCACCUUCGUUCGUAUCCUCUUUCUUUCUUUCUUUCUUUCUUUCUUUCUUUCUUUCUUUCUUUCUUUCCAUUCUUUUUUUUCUAUCCCAUUUCUAG